AUGACAUCAAAUGUUGAAGCUACAAGUAAUAUCCGACUCAAAAUUUCGCAACGAGAUCGCCUAAAUCCGCAUAUUUGCAAAAUAUUUGAUGUGCUGUUUACGAUUACCACUCUUGGAUUGAUGAAUAUUGAUGGCAUCCUUAAUGGUCAGUUCUUUUGGCCUUGGAAGAGUAGUAGGUUGAAAAUAGAUGGAAGAUUUCUUUUAGAAAAAUCAAAUAGUUGA